AUGGACAAAGAACGGAAGGCCGAAACUGCGAAAGGUGUCAGAAAGGAGCCCGCAAAGUGCUGGGUGAUGGGGUACGGAUUUCACGUCGCAGUGCUUGUCACCACUGCUUUCUUCUUCGUUUUGUUUUGCCCUGUCAAUGACCCAAACUGGGCAGCUGACCUUUGGAACUAUGACUACUACUCUUCCAUCGGCUUUGAAAGACCAUGCUUGCAGAAGUGGAUGCCAAUUUUCAGCACGUUGGUCGUGGCAUCUGCACUGACUGGAGUUGCAGCAUGUGCCCUUCUUCAACGUGCAGCAGCCUUGGAAGUCCACUGGGCGGCAGGGUAUAUUUUGCUGAAUUGGGCCCAGGGGCUUAUGGCAGCUUUGGUGAUUUCCGACCUUGCAGCUGGAGAUUACUAUUACCUGGACUAUGAUCCCUUCACCCAUCGGCAGCUAAUAUGUUGCAAGUGUUCUUGGGGGGUGUUUGGUUUUGCCCCAAUGCAGCAGCUGCUGCAGGCGAAGCGGGUUUUCGACAUGCAAGGGCAGCAAGAGAAGUUG